AUGUCUGAAGGCCGUUUAUACCAGGUCGAGUACGCCUUCAAGGCUGUGAACUCGGCCAACAUCACAAGCAUUGGUGUUGUUGGCGAGGACUCCUCGGUUGUUGUUUCGCAAAAGAAGAUCCCUGAUAAAUUGCUGGAUCCGUCCACCAUUAGUUACAUCUUCCAGGUGUCGGAGUCGAUCGGAAUGCUGGCCACCGGGUCGAUUGCCGAUGCUCGGUCGCUCGCCAUGAGGGCCAGAGCAGAGGCUGCUGAGUUCAAAUACAAAUAUGGUUACGAGAUGCCGAUCGACGCUCUGGCCAAGAGAAUGGCCAACCUUGCACAGCUGUACACACAAAAAGCAUACAUGAGACCGAUGGGUGUUUCGUUAACGUUUAUUUCUGUGGACGACGAGCUGGGACCCAGCGUUUUCAAGACUGAUCCAGCCGGCUACUUCUUCCGUGCGGUUGCUGUUUCCACCGGCCCUAAACAGCAGGAGGUGACGACAGCUCUGGAACGUGCUCACAAGAAGAAGAAGGAUGGCGUUUUGGUGAAAGGAGAUUGGACCAAAGUGGUGGAGUUUGCAAUUGUGACGUUGAGCAACUCCUUGAGCACCGAGUUUAGAAAAAACGACCUCGAGAUCGGCAUCGCCACGUCCUCUGGAUUCAGAACACUGAGCGCAGACGAAAUUGACGAGAGAUUAAUAGCCAUUGCUGAGCAAGAUUGA